UCAAUUUUUUUUUUUUUUUUUAAAUUUCCAUCUACCUUAGGCUCAAUACUCUUCAACUCCGUAAAUUCAUGAGAACUGGGAAUAUAAGAUUGAACCAAAGCUGACCAGCGAAAUAAUGGAGAGCACAGAUUCAUCGUCGGCGUCGGCGCACCCGCAACUCCCACCGGGGUUCCGAUUCCACCCGACCGACGAAGAGCUGGUUGUUCACUACCUCAAAAAGAAGGCCGCCUCUGCUCCUCUGCCUGUUACAAUCAUAGCUGAAGUUGAUCUUUACAAGUUUGAUCCAUGGGAGCUGCCAAGUAAGGCAACUUUCGGUGAGCAAGAAUGGUAUUUUUUUAGUCCUAGAGACAGGAAAUAUCCGAAUGGAGCGAGGCCUAAUAGAGCUGCAACUUCUGGUUAUUGGAAAGCCACUGGGACCGAUAAGCCGAUUGUAACUUCAAAUGGAAAUCAAAAGGUUGGGGUUAAAAAGGCUCUAGUGUUCUAUAGAGGUAAGCCUCCCAAAGGGAUUAAAACGAAUUGGAUCAUGCAUGAAUAUCGCCUCAUCGACAACAACUCAUCCACUUCCAAACCUCAAAUUGUUGAUCUUCCCAACAGGAAAGCUUCUUUACGGCUUGAUGAUUGGGUCUUAUGCCGGAUUUACAAGAAGAACAAUACCCAGAGACCUAUGGAGACAGACAAAGAGUACACCAUGGAGGGCAUGCUGGCAACACAACUGCCAACUUCUAGCCAUCAAAAUCUAAACGCUCUUACAUCAAAAGCUACAAGUUAUGGUUCACUGCUACAACAUGAAGAUAAUUUCUUUGAAGGGAUAUUAACCGAAGGGAUGCGAAGCAGUUCCAAUAUUUCGCAACUAGCAGUGUCGUCGAGCUCGAAGCAAAAUCUUCCCAUGGCGUUUCCCGUUAAACGAACCCUUCCUCCUCAGUACUGGAACGAACCAAGCUCAACAGGUUCACAGUCGGGGAAAAGGUUCCAACAGGGUGAUAUAAAUUGUAGUAGCAGAGGUGGCAAUAUUGAUGAUACCAAUUCGUUUGUUUCUUUGCUGAAUCAACUACCUCAAAACACUCCGUUUUACACUGGAAGCAUGGUUGGAUCCCUUGGCGAUGGGGUUUCACGGCAACAGUUUAUACUCCCUGGUUCCUAGAAUGUUUUGGAAGCAACUGUAACUAUAACUAAUUUAAUAAUUCUCGGUACUCAUAUAUUGUGUGAAAUGAUUCCAGCAGGGGUAAGAAAAACGUAUUCUUUUGGUACUACAUAGGCGAAUUAUUGUAUAUGCAUUAUAUAUAAUACUAGAGAAAUAAUAAUUUCAUCGGGGGAUAUAA